CGGGGGAUUAGGUUUCUUUCGUUUUCAUUUCCCGGAAGGGUCGAAUGUGAAAAUAGUAGCAGUUUGUUUUAUUUGAUCGUUGACAACAUAGUUGUUUUCUUUAAAAAAGAAAAAAAAAUGGAGUUUGGAAAGGUGUGACGUAAUUUUUUUUGGAGUUACUCGAGGAGUCGGCUUAGGAAAAAAAAAUAGCCCUGUUCUUCUGGUGCACAGUGAAAGAUAAGGGACGUUUACAUGGCGAGCGUUUCCCCGUCACCUUUGAUCAAGCAAGAAACCAAUCUUUCAGCCAUAAUGCAUGGGAGGGAGGUCAACCCUCCUCCAGCUGCACAUCACCCUCCCUCAAAUCAACCUCCUGUGGUCAGUCCUCACACUCAGGAGGAUCUGUGGCAUCUACCUGGAAGACUGAGAAUAAAUCCAUCUCUGUGGGAUAAGGAGGAUGUUGCCCACUGGCUCCACUGGGCUCAGAAGGAGUACUCGUUACGCCGACCAGAAAAGGGACAUUUUGAGAUGAAUGGCAGGGCCCUUUGCCUGCUGACAAAAGAAGACUUUAGACGCCGCUGUCCGAGCUCAGGUGACGUUCUUUAUGAGAUCCUUCAAUGUGUAAAGCAACAAAGGAGGAGUGUUGUUUGCCAGUCCCCUAAUGUUUCUGCUCCAGCGGCGAGUGGACACAUUCAGGCUCCGGUCAGCAGCCAGAUACCUACUCAUUCUGUUCAAGAGCCACAGUCUCCAAUAGCCAGUGGGAGCCCAGUUUUCCUUGCCAUCACUGCUGCCGCGCCUGCAGCUGCUAUAGCUACUGCGAGCAAUCAGCCUGAGCCCAUUUCUCCUCUCAGAGAGCGCCCGCCUGUCUUUUACGCUUACUCUGCUCCACUCACUCAUAACAUUGGUUCAGCAGCUGUGUCUGCUUUAGCUCCAAACCAAAUUCAGUCACUUCCUCUAAAAGAAAGCGUGAUUCAGGAGCCUCUCAACUUGUCCAGCCGAGAGAGGCCCAGGAGCCCACUGCACAAAGCCAAUGGACGCAUUCCAGAGUGCAGACUGUUGUGGGACUACGUAUACCAGCUGCUGUGUGACGAUCGUUACCAAGACUACAUUCGGUGGGAAGAUCCCGACACACAUGUAUUCAGGGUGGUUGACCCCAAUGGACUGGCACGCCUCUGGGGAAACCACAAGAACCGAGACAACAUGACCUACGAGAAAAUGUCUCGGGCUCUGCGGCACUACUACAAGCUUAACAUCAUCCAAAAGGAGCGAGGACAAAAACUUCUGUUCAGGUUUCUGAAGCUCCCCCAAGACAUCAGGAAACACCACAUGGACACAUCUGAGUCCCCUGAACACACACCACCUCAGGAUGUGGACUUUGCUGACAGCAGUAGUUUGCAGGACCUCAGUGACGAUCACUUUGAGGUUUCGCCUGACCGAGCUUCUCCACAGCCUCCCCCGACUGGUGCUCCAGUGGGAUAGAGAAGAAUAAUAUAUAAAUUCAGGCAGAACAAAUAAAUAUAUCUUUUGACAGUUUCAGUUUUGAAAAUGAUCCAUGCUUGUACAGAUUGACUUGGAUAUUCUUGAUGUUUUCUGAAGUCGCUUUACGUGCUGUUCAUCAUUUUACAUUUGAAUUAACACGAACAUUCAGGUAACAAGAAAUAUGGAAACAAAUAUCUUGAUUCAUUCAUAAAAUCAUUGUAGCACACAUAGGUUUGUUAAACACAAUCAAAAUAUGAUUUCUGGCUUUAUUUUCCACAAACCAUCCCAAUCUGGUAUAUAAGUGAUAGCUGAAGCAGGGGCUAACUGUGAUCAAACAAAAUUUCUGCUGGUUCUUUUGUUUUAAUAUUUUUUUUUUAUAUAAUGAAGAAAUUGUUUUAGUGAGAGUUUUGGAUGUUUGCUUUGCUUAUGGAAAUAAAUGUUUUAUAUGACAGUCAAAAUUUCUAUUUCCCUUUCAUAAACACAGAGAGUUACCAAAAUAUAAUGCCUUGAAAAUGGCACUAUAUUUUGUUGAUUCUCUGAGUGAAGUUCUCCGAUCUACAAUCAGAGAAUGAAGAAUGUCCAUGCUUCCCGUCAAGAACGGACUUUUUUUUUUGUUGACAGUUUUACAGUUCAGCCAAACUUUCUACUUUUGAUAUUUUCAAAGCUUAGAGUAAUGUUUUCUAACCUACGGCUUUAUGCAACUUUUCCACUUUGUUAAUGACCCGUCAAAUGUUCUCAAACAAACUCGUGAUCCUUUCGUAGACAUGGGUUGCAACAUUAAAUUAAGCGCAGAUAAAGUUUAAUUUACCACAUUGUUUUAUAAUGAGGUGACUUCUGAAUGUAGCAGGUUGCACGUGAUUUUAUACAGAGGUAACAGACUAAAAGAUGUGCAUGCCACAGUUUAGAUUUUUAUUCAUACCCUUUGCUUUCACCCUCUACAAAUUGAAAACAUUUCUUGGGGUAUGAAUACUUUUAGAGGGCAUCAUAUCAUGCAGCAUCGUUUGCUAAAAUAAAAAUAACUAAAUCUGUCUUUGCAGAUGUGAAAGAGAUCUCCCUUUACACUCUGUUGUUUAGCAGUGUGCUAAACUUGUACCUGCAGGGGAUGCUGUAGAAGCGCGUUAGUUAAGCUGUUGCCUUCUAUCUUUUCUUGUUUUGGUUUGUGUGUGUUUUGUAAAAAUUGCAAGUUGCACUAAUGGUCUUUAAGAGCCCUCAAAGCAAAGAAAUAAAGCUGUUUGAAUUCAGUUUGAAUAGAAUUAGAAAAUUAAGGAAAAUCUAAAUGAAAUAAACACCACAGACAUUACAUGUAUUUUUGGGUGUGUUUUGCAGAAAUAAACUUGAAGAUAUCUUUCAGAUUCUCUGGUGUUAAUCAGUCAUAUGCCUA